CCAAAUCACCAAAAUGUCCAGAUAGAACAAGAACUUAGCAUUCUGCAAAAAGAAGUUAACAGCUGAGGGUGGAAACAUUCUGAAAUGGAUCCCAAAUAUUUCAUCUUAAUUUUGUUUUGUGGGCACAUCAGUGAUAUAUUUUCCUCAGACACAGAAGCAAUUACAACAGAGAAGCAACCACAGCCUACUUUAUUUAGAUCAUCAAGGCCAUAUAACUCAGCUAAUUCUCAAAACACAACAGAGAAUCCUAUCAGUCAACCAACACAAUUCAACCAUGUUUCCCCUGCAAAACCAAUACCAACUGCCAAAGUUGCUGCUAGACAAACAACACCAGCUGCCUAUGCUUCUUCUGAAAAACCAGCAGCACACACUUCUGCUGGGCAACCACUUACCUAUAACGUCACCAGACAACGAAUACCAACGGCCAACACCUCCUCCCAACAAACAGCAGUACCCACGUUUACUUCUGUUGGACAACUACCACCAUCUACCCAUACUUCUACCAAACAACUGCCACCAUUUGUCUAUACUUCCACUCAACAACCAUCAUCUGUCCAUACCUCUUCUAGAAAACCAAUAUCACCAACUGUUCAUAAUCCAUCUAUACGACCAACACCAAGUGUCAAAAGUUCACCUAGGAUUACUCCAGGAUUCAUCCUAGAAAUGACUAGUAGCAAAAAUAUCUCACAUGAAACCAAUUCUAAUUUAGCUGCCAUAUUAAUUGGCAUAAUUCUGACUUCUUUGUUGGUAUCUAUAAUCAUAAUUGUACUAUGGAAAUGCUUGAGAAAACCAGUUUUAAAUGAUCAGAAUUGGGCAGGCAGGUCUCCAUUUGCUGAUGGUGAAACCCCCGACAUAUAUAUGGAUAACAUUAGAGAAAAUGAAGUACCCACAAAACGGACAUCAAUUGUUUCACUUAUGCCCUGGAAACCAAACAAAAGCACACUCUUACCAGAUGAUUUGGAAGUUAAGUUAUUUGAAUCAAAUGAACACACUGAAGAUCCCAACAACCCCAAAACAGAGAAGAUAAAAGAUCAAGCAAAUGGUACAUCAGAGGAGAGUCCUGGUGGAUCAACGAUUGGCACUGCAAUUUCUUCUUCAGAUGAUGCCGAUCUGCUUCCACCACCUCCCCCACUUCUUGAUUUAGAAGAACAGGAAAGUAACCAAUGUGACAAACCCACAGUGACAAUUCUAUCUCCUCUUCCAAAUGAUUCCACCAAUCUCCCGCCAUCUCUGGACUGUCUCAGUCAAGUCUGUGAAGAUCACAAUUCUGAGUUCGAACAAAGAUUUCCACCUCCACCUGACUUACUUAACUUGCCCCUGCCACCAGGAGACUUCAUGAAAAACCAGGCAGAUUCCAACAAUGAGAUCCAGUGUCAGGAGUUCUCUAUUCCUCCUAAUUCGGAUCAAGAUCACAGUGAAUACUUGCCGCCCCCACCUGAAGAACUGUUAUAAAUAUUAUAACUUGCUUUUUAGCUGAUUUUCCAUCUUUCUUAUGGAACUCCUUCUUUUGUUUUUCUUCCUGUGAUGAUGGCAACUGGUAGCCAGUUUUGAUUUUUAUUCAGGAACUGCCUGAAAUCUGCUCAAAGCCCACGUGCAUAAGUGGAACUUAUUUUU